AUGCGUCUUCAAAUGAUCAAAAAAAUUAAAGCAAUGGAUGAGGUUUGUAUUUCUAACUUUUAAAGAAUUGAUUUUUUUUGUUUGUACAGCUUCCGGAAAUCCGCAAAUUGGUACGAAACAUUCUAGCGGAAUAUGAUGAUUUGAAUAUUGUUCGUUAUCUUUCGCAUCGCGUCCGAGAACUCAGAGUGACUACAAACAGACAUGCCAAGAAGGUAUGAUUAAAACAUAAUUAAUAUUCUAGAAAUAGUUAUUUUCAGAAGCAACCGGAUCAUAUAAUGCACAAGUUAGAAGAUUCAAUAAAAUGCCUUGAAACAAUUCGAGAAUAUCGAAAUUUGUUGGUCAAUUCAAUAGAAGCGCAUAUAUCAGUUGGUGAAAAAAUGAAAGAUGAAUUGAAAAACGAAUAUCUUCCUCAAUUUGUUGAAUUUCUCGAUGAUUUAAUUCUGAACAAUGAUUACCAAAGACUUCUUCUCGAAUUGAAAGAUCGAAUGUUUGAAUUGAUUGAGGUAAGCUAAAAAAACGUUCUAUUCGGUAAUUGAAAGCGGAAAAGUGGGCCUUAACAAUCAUAAAAUGGUUCACAAAAAUUUUGUUUUCAGAUUCAAGAUUGGGAAACUUUGAUUUCAAUGAUAGACGAUCUGAUGGAACACGAACAUCGAGUAAGAAUUGAACUAUUUGGCAUGCAUGUCUGCAGAGAAUGUGGCUAUAGCAGUACUUUAGAUGAAAGUUAUUCGGAAGGUGAAUUUAGUGAUGAAAAUGUUAUAGAGAAUAACAAUGAGGUUGUAAACGAAGAUUAA